UGCUCUGUACAUACUCUGGUGGUUUUCUGUGUGAGGUUCAUUCAGUCCGUUUGAUCCGGACACUGAAGAGACGCUGACUCAAAACUCAACAAUGUUGGGUAAAAGAUGGAUAUUAGCGGCUCUGCUCGCUGUAGCUGUUGGAGUUUACCUGCUGCCUUCUCCCAUAGACCCCAAACCACAUGUACUGAAGGGGCCUCCUCCGGCCCUCGAGGGGCCGCUGGCUGUCAACACUCGGCUGCAGAAGGGCCGCAGGCUGUUUACUGGGAAACUACACGGACCAGAAUCCUUCACUGCGGAUGAGGAGGGUAACGUGUACACGGGGACGGUGGACGGGAAGCUGUGGAGGAUCGGUCCUGAUGACAGCCUCACACUCGUCACACACAUGGGACAGGAUUUACCAGAAUGUGGCAGCAGUACAGACUACGAGCCGCUGUGCGGUCGCCCUCACGGGGUUCGUCUGGAUCGUCACGGUCAGCUGAUCGUCGCUGACUCGUACUUUGGGCUGCACAGCGUCGACCCCGAAACUGGAGAGAAGACUCUGCUGCUGGCUAACUCACAAGGUGCUGAUGGCGUUCCCUUUGCCUUCCUGAACGGCCUGGAGAUUUCCUCCCAAACUGGGAUCGUUUAUUUCACCGACUCCUCGAGUCGCUGGGGACGCAGACACGUCAAACUGGAGGUGAUCGAGCUGAACAGCCUCGGUCGUCUCCUCUCCUUCGAUCCGCAGACCGGAAGUGUGACGGUCCUGCUCGACGCGCUCUACAUGCCCAACGGCAUCGCGCUGUCACCUGACGAACACUUCCUGUUGCUGGCGGAGACGAGCAUCGGACGCAUUCUGAGAUUUUGGCUGAAGGGCCCGAAGGCCGGCACCAAGGAAAUCGUCAUGGACAACAUGAUCGGUUACCCUGACAACAUCCGCCUUAGCGACCACGGAACGUUCCUGGUUGGCAUAACAACGACGCGGUUCCGUAAGGCCACGCCUCCUUUCUUGGACUUGAUCGCUCCGUACCCGUCAAUCAAACGCUUCCUGGCCAAGGUGAUUCCUCUGAGCUGGUACGGCGUCCUGCUGCCGCACUACGCUCUGGUCCUGGAGCUGGGAUCGGACGGCGAGAUCGUGGGAACGCUGCACGACCCCGAAGGCCGCCUGACGUGGGCCAUCAGCGACGUCUUCCAGCACCGAGGGAGGACGUACCUGGGCAGCACCGACCUGCCCUUCCUGCCCGUCCUCCAGGGAUGGGACAGCUGAUGAUGGACUAAACUAAACGUAUUGAUGUUUAAUUUCUGGACAGUUUCUGAUCGAGCAGCUACGAGGAACUUUGUGGCGCUUCUGGAUUUGACAUUUUUAGCCGCCGUUGACCUCUGGAGCAGCGUGCAGAUGUCGCACACAUCAGACCUGGACAUCGUGGCUUCAGCUCGGACUGAAUCACUGAGGUGAACCGAUCAUCUGAAGACGUUUAGAAGAGUUCCCGUGGCAACAGAACAAACUAAGUGAUGUAAUGCUGAUGGAAGUCUGAAGUGCACUUAAUUAUACGGUAUGUUUUUUAAUUAAUUAUAGAAAUGUGUUAAAGGAGUAACACUAGAAAACUUUACCAUCUGGAAUUAAAUGUGAUUUUAAUUUCUCUUUUAUUAACCUCUUAUGUUUUAAUUAAACCUGUGACUGUGUACUAUUAAUACAAUACUGUAUAAUCCAAUUUAAAAUAAAUAUUUUAUAUAAAGAAUGUGUCUUUCAACAG